CUUGUGGAGCUUUGGGGAGGGUGUGUCUAAUUUAUAAAGCAGACCGAGAGAAGAGUUGCCAGAGAGUUUCUCUGGUUUCUCUCUGCAGAGUGCUGAGCAGGAUGGCUGAGAACUCCAAAAUCCAGCUGUUUGUCAAGGCAAGUGAUGAUGGAGAGACCAUCGGGCAUUGUCCGUUCUGCCAGCGUCUCUUUAUGAUAUUGCUCCUUAAAGGGGUACCCUUUACUCUGACCACGGUGGAUACCAAAAGGUCUUUGGAUGUGCUGAAGGACUUUGCCCCAGGAGCUCAGCUCCCUGUGCUGCUGUAUGAUGGUGAACCUAAAACAGACACAAACAAGAUUGAAGAGUUUUUGGAGGAGACCCUGGGACCCCCAAAUUUUCCAAGCCUAGUGCCCAAGUAUAAAGAGUCCAGCAUUGCUGGAAAUGAUAUAUUCCACAGAUUCUCUGCUUACAUCAAGAAUCCAGUACCUGCCCAGGAUGAAGCUCUGCAGAAGAACCUUCUCAAAUCCAUGCUUAAGUUGGACAAGUACCUGAACACACUCUUGGAGUAUGAGUUGGUGCGGGACCCUGAACUCACUGUCUCUCAGAGGCGGUUCCUAGAUGGCGACCAGAUGACCCUUGCUGACUGCAGCCUCCUACCCAAACUCAACAUUGUUAAUGUUGUAUGCCAACACUAUCGGCAGUUUGGCAUUCCCAAGGAGUUGGGCAGCCUCCAGCGAUACCUGGACAAUGCUGCCGAGGUGAAGGAGUUUAAGUACACUUGUCCCAACUCUGAGGAGAUUGUGCAGGCUUACCGUGCUGUGGUCAGGCCGCUCAAAUAAACCUGAGGUACAACGCUGGUGUUCACCUGACAAGACGGCCGGCAUCCAUCUCAGCCUACCCCACAGACUAGCUUUGCUCCCAUUUCUCUACAUCAGAACUA